GUGAGAUGCUUCUCCAACAAAGAGCUCUCCCGUAAGAUGAAGAUAAGAGCGCAAUGGGGAAGCUCUUGGGAAGUAGCAAUCUCGAAAAACCCGAGAUUCUACUAUUUGGAGAAGUCCGGAUGGGGGAAGUUUGUGAGAGACAACGCCUUGGGAAACAAUGAGUUUAUUACCUUCACUCACAAAGGAAAGAUGAAGUUUACUGUGAACAUCUUUAAGCAAGAUGGGAAGGAGAUGAUGCAACAACCUCCACAAUCCAGUUCCUUCUUGGCUUCUUCAAGCCGUGGUAUCAAAACAGAACAAAGGGAAGAUGACAAGAAGGAAGAGGUGGUUGUGUCUUCUGAGUUGAGCCCGACAACAGCUGCUGAAUCUAAUGGAGGAACAAGCAAAAGGAACCUCAACCUCGGAAAGAAGAAAGCUCGGGGAGAUUCCGCAGGUGCCUCUUCGUCCUCUGCGGCAGAAUUCACCAUCUUCAUCAGAAGAUCAUACCUCAGAAUGCUGCCGAUACCGACAGCUUUUGAUAAGGCUCAUAUGCCCAAGGAAAAUGCAAUGUUUAAGAUCCAUCACCCAGAUGGGAAGAGGUCAUGGAAUGUGACUUAUUUGGCGAGUACAACAGUUGCAUUCUCUGCUGGAUGGAUAUGUUUGAUUAAGGAGUAUCCUAUUGUUGCUGGGGUUACUUGCAAACUUACACUCAUCAAACCAGACAAACUGCUUCUUGUUGUCUUGAGACCAGAAGAGGAGACUGAGUAAUGAUGAUGGAUGUGAGGGUGUCUUGGAGAAGAAGCUACUAAGGAAAAGACUGUAUUGGUCUUGUCUUUAAGUUUUAUGUUAUGACUUUCCUUCUUGUCUAUCGGAUAGUUCUAUGUAGCUUAAUGUGUUUCAGACCAAUUUUAGUAUGUUGUGUGUGUUUUAUAGUUUCCAUGAAACUUUAAUU